CAUCGGGUCUGUUAGCAGUGGCGCAUCGUUCGCUGCUUUUCUCUCUCGCCUGGAUUAUUUAGCAUUGGCCUCCUCAACCUUUGAGAUCAUCAUCGAACCAUGUCUCUCUCAGAUUCAUUCACCAUACCCGACGUUCCCGAUUCCGACCACGACGAAGUCGAUUCCCUUCCUUCCACCUCUACCGAGAGUUUCACGUCCGAAGACGAUUACGAUGCGCAGAGGGAAUGGGAACAGAGCAUAGAGCAGCUCCAGUUGCUGCUGACCAUGAUUUUGGUGCCCUUUGCUGGUAAAUAUCUCGGUCGCAAAUUUGCCUAUUGGAGUUGGGCAAGAUAUAUGGAAUGGAUGCACAACGUUGAGAUCAGGUGGACGAAUAAGGCGACAUUUAAAGCUUCGGGUGCAGUCGAAGCAGCGGCAACGCUCUAACGACCGGAUAUCUAUCCUAUUUGAAUUCACCAAGGGAAUUUCUGCGGACAUGGACCGGGAGACACCCUAUUUGUGUAUAUAAGGGUAUUUGCUGUGGAUGAGGGAUCGUCGCCUAAAAAAGACGACAGCGAAAUCGCAAUCCCGAAAUAACGUCUGCAUCUUCAGC